AUGUCUCCACCCGGAAAACAGUCAGAAUCAGGUUUAGCUCGUUUAUUAGGUUCAGGGACUUCAGGGUUACUCGAACUACUUGUAUUUCACCCUGUUGAUACUGUGGCCAAACGGUUAAUGACAAAUUCUACAAAAAUAUUUGUUCCUGGUACGCCUUUAUCUCAAGGAUUUAAUAAUUUAGACAAAGUUAUAUUUAAGGGUGAUCAUUCUUCUAGCGCUUUACGAAAAUAUGCGGCAUUAUUUCCCGGUUUAGGGUAUGCCGGAGGGUAUAAGAUUCUUCAACGAAUUUACAAAUAUGGUGGACAGCCUUAUGUAAAAGAUUAUCUUAAUAAACAUCAUAAAGAUUUUUUUAAUCAAACUUUUGGCGAAAAAAGUUCUAAAACAAUAAUACAUGCAACGGCUGGAAGUGCAAUCGGCGUUGGCGAAGUAGCACUCCUUCCAUUAGAUGUUUUAAAAAUUAAACGUCAAACAAAUCCAGAAACUUUAAAGGGACGUAAUAUUUUUCAAAUUUUCUGGGAAGAACGUCAUCGCCUUUAUAGGGGAGGUCUUUGGACAGCAGCUCGUAAUGCACCUGGCAGCUUUGCAUUGUUUGGUGGUUCGGCCUUUGUCAAAGAAUACAUAUUUAAUCUUAAGGAUUUUUCCAAAGCUACAUUUUUUCAAAACUUUUGCGCCUCAAUAGGCGGUGCUAUGGCUUCUAUCAGUAUAGCUCAACCGCUUGAUGUUGUCAAAACCCGUAUUCAAAAUAGACCAUUUGAAUCACCUGAAAGCGGUGUACAAAUAGUCCGUAGUAUGAUUAGACAAGAAGGUUUUCAUGCCUUUUUCAAAGGAAUUACACCAAAAUUAAUGGUAGUUGGGCCCAAAUUAGUAUUUUCAUUCACUGUGGCACAGCAAUUAAUUCCAUUAUUAGAUAAUUUCUUGAUGGGAAAAGGUAUUGGUAAUCCUAAUACUAUCUAG